GCUGUUUUUUUCACACACACACACACACACACACGACAUAUUCAUCCAUCAGUGAGUGGGUAAGAGAACCAUUUUAAGUCUCAUUAACAUCAGGUAGGAUAAAAUAAUCCAUCGUGUCUCAUUUACUUAUUUCUCAGCUGGGCCCUUGAGAACCCCGGAGCUCAGGUGUGGUUUAUCCUCACUUCCCUGACGGUCGAUGACUCGGAUGGACUGGUGAGCGACCUCCAACAGAACUAUCCUAACCUACACCUGGUAACUCCUGACCUAGAUAAGAUAUUCAGAGACACGCCCUUAGAUAAGAUAUUCAAGUCUGGUAAAUGGGUGAAGAAUACACGUGAGUUUUUCUUGUGUUGUAAUUUGGUGAUGGUGUUGGAUCAAGUGGUCGUGGCCCUUCAACAACCUGAACAACAUGCUGAGGAACGUGUUAGUGUGGUGGUGGGGAGGCUUCUACAGCGACAGCGACACCAUCUGCCUCAAGAGCGUUACACAACUUCACAAUGUCAUUUCCUACCAGGCCAUAAACGGCAUCGCCAACAAUGCUCUGAUGCACUUCAACCCUGGCCAUCCCUUUAUCAACUUGGUGAUGGAAUACCUCAAGGACAAUUUUAAGGUAGCUACGUGGCACGUCAACGGACCAGGAGCGGCCACCAAGAUGCUGAAGAUGAUGUGUAACACGACCAAGUUGGACGAUGUUCUGGAGGGAAACACAACUUGCGAGGGCGUUACACUGCUUUCAGAAGAACACAUCCAACCAAUACCAUACCAGGACUGGAAUAUCUAUUUCUCUCGUGGACACGGGUUGAAAUUUGAGAAGGUAAAAAUUCAAUCCAAUUUUGUGUCUAAAUGUCUGUAAUAAUGUUCGUGAUAGUUUUUCCAGAGAUUGUAUCAUCCUCAGAGACAAGAUUCCUUAACAAUAGGUCAUUGAAUAUAGGAAAUAUUGAAAUGUU